ACUUCGGCUUGUCGUUCAGAUUCUGUCCUACGCUGAGCCGAAAAACUAUCCACGACUCCGACGAUCGCUUGGUGGUGCCUUUCUCGAGCGAGAUAACCACCUCCACCUCGUACUUCAUACCAGGAAGAGUCGCAAAGCUCGGCAAACAGGGAGUUUGUCGACCAAAGGAAUCGGUGGUUUGUUGACGUUGACAGCCGCGCCGGAGGGGAGUUGCUUGGGCGAAAAACAGAUCAGAUCCUGCUGGCAGACAAAUCGCUUCGUUUCCCUGUGCCCCACCGUUUCCUGUCGUCCCCCUCCCCACAUGCAUGCUUUUACAGUCUCGCUCCGAAUUUUUCCAUCGAUUUGAAGCGGCGAGGGUCAUGAAUGACGAUACAAGAGCAACCACUUCGACGACAUCUGUAUCAUCAUCACCAUCGACGUCGUCGGCAACGGAAUCUCCGACUCCAUAUACCGACUUGCCCACUUCGUCCUCGCCUGCGGUCGAUAAAGAAGCGGCCGAGAUCGGUAAGGUCCCACAAUCGAGCCAGGUGGCGUUCAUUAGUGCACAAAGACAACUUGUCCCGCCCUCCAACAACUAUACAUCCACACCUCGUACUCUAGCUAGUCCAGCGGAGUUUACUCCACUACCCACCCCUUCAGAUCAUCAUUCCGUUCAACCCGACGUCAUUGAUCACCAAACGAGCGACAACAGGACGAAUCACGAAGAGCAAGGCGAUCCUCGACAACACGAUCUUUCGCCAACGCGUCUGAACAGGGUCGAUUCGACGGAUAUCGAUCGAGCAAGUAGCUCGACUCCAAUACAUUCCGAGAGCGGUAGCAAGCUCCAAGACGAUCAGCCAGUUCUUACUCGCACGACUAUUACGGAUCGGCACGGCUCAGAGGGACAUUCUUCGGAAGAAGCUAGCGAUCGGUCGGACAAGCCGGACAAGCCAGCUUUGCAAAACGACGUGACUGGCUUGAAAAUUAGGAUCGAGCAUACUCGGCCGUCUGUCACAGGAGAAGCAACACUUUUGGGUAACCAUCCGAGUCGACUACCUACGGCGUCGACAAGCAGCAGUGACACGGAAACGGUCAGAGCCGUCGUUGAAGAAAACGGCGAAAUCACGUCGGACGCCCUUCCUACGAACGAAGGCCGAGGUUUCUUUAGCUCCACUCGCACCGCUGUCACCACCCCCAAACAGCAGCAAUCCAAACUCAGCGCCUUGACUCGAAGUCAAAGCUCCGCCGAUGAUCUCAGUGAACAACGUAGUAUAGGAAGUGAACGAGAUUCAUUCCCGGUCGAGCAACGAUCGUCCCAUCACGACAGUCAUACGAUUAUUAUCACCUCGCCAGACUCGGCGACUCCGAGAGAGACCGACCUUCCAUCAUCCUUCCAUGUUCCAGGACAAGGCGAUCGACAACUUCAUCAGGAUACACCAGGACAACCGCCGUCUCAAGAACAGCGGCACAACCGAACCACGGAUACGGAAGACCCUCUACCUGAAGACGUACCGUCCGCAAUAACCCAUCCCAUCCCUGCCAUCAACCUCCUUCCUCCCGACAUCUCGGUAGCCGCAACCCAAUCCAGGUUAUCAUUACCACCCACGUCCUCUUCGUCGUCGUCGUCGUCACAAGGCGUCGCACAAGGAGGUGGGAUGAACGAAGGACCAGGUCUUGUCGCCGAUUCCGGUCGAAGUAUACGAGAAUAUGCACGGGGACUCGGCCAAUGGGACAACGGGAAGAAAAUGCCCCGGCUGUCAGGCUGGGAAUGAGGUCGACCGCGGCUCCGAAUAGAUGAUGGGACAUCGUGUGUGCGCAUGUGUGUGUUUAUGCGUGCCUGCAUGAUGACCUUCGCCAGAGACGGUGAUCACGACAAACGGAUGGGCAAUUCCGACCUCUUCCCACUCGUCACGUCUCUAAUCCUUCCACUUCAAUGUCUGCCACAUUUCCGCCAUAACGUCGAUCUGAUCAUCUCGUUUCUGC